UAGUGAAUAUAAAGAACAAAUCUCUAUAUCAUCCGAACACCCUGAUCUCUCUCUUUUUUCUCUCAAAAAUCUCAGAAAUCGCAGAGAGAUUCUCCUCUCCUCCGAUCCUUACCUCGUCUUGGUUUAUGAGCUCGAAGGAGAAACCCACUCUUGGUGGUACGCGGAUUAAGACCCGCAAACGGAAUAUUGCUGCUCCCUUGGACCCUGCAGCAUUUGCUGAUGUAGUGGUCCAGAUUUAUCUGGAUAAUGCUGGUGAUCUGGAACUUGUUUGCAAGAACCUUGAGUCUUCAGACCUUAACUUCUCCCGAUACGGUGACACCUUCUUUGAGGUUGUUUUUACUGGAGGCCGUACACAACCAGGCACAAUUAAACCGGAUGAGGGGGAGCGCCACCCUUACUCUAUAAUAGAUUGUGAGCCUAAACGUGAAGUCAUUUUGCCAUCUGUGAUCUACGUACAGAAAAUUUUACGCAGAAAGCCUUUUCUCAUAAAGAAUCUUGAAAAUGUUAUGCAAAGAUUCUUGCAGUCAUUGGAGCUUUUUGAGGAAAAUGAGAGGAAAAAGCUUGCAAUUUUCACGGCACUUGCUUUCUCCCAGAAACUUUCAGGGCUGCCACCUGAGACUGUGCUCCAGCCCUUGCUCAAGGAUAAUCUUGUUGCCAAAGGACUAGUCCUUUCAUUCGUAACUGACUUCUUCAAGGAGUAUCUGGUUGAUAAUAGUGUGGAGGAUUUGAUCUCAAUUCUGAAGCGAGGUAAAAUGGAGGACAAUCUCCUGGACUUCUUUCCAUCUGCCAAGCGAUCUGCUGAAGGUUUUGCUGAGCAUUUCACCAAGGAAGGGUUGACAUCCCUCGUUGAAUACAAUGAGAAAAAAAUAUUUGAGGUGAAACUGAAGGAAAUGAAAUCUGCUGUAACAACCCAGAUAUCAGAGGAAACUGAUAUAUCUGAGGUCAUUGAAACUGUUAAGCAACAUGUUAAAGAUGCUAAAUUACCUGAUGUUGAGGUUGUGCGGAUGCUCUGGGAUGUAUUAAUGGAUGCGGUUCAGUGGUCUGGGAAGAAUCAGCAACAGAAUUCUAAUGCAGCCCUGCGACAGGUGAAGGCAUGGGCAAAACUUUUAAAUACCUUUUGCACCAGUGGGAAACUUGAGCUGGAACUGAUAUAUAAAGUCCAGAUGCAAUGCUAUGAGGAUGCCAAACUGAUGAAGCUGUUCCCUGAGAUCAUAAGAUCUCUCUAUGAUCAGGAUGUACUUGCAGAAGACACCAUUCUUCACUGGUUCCGCAAAGGAACAAACCCUAAGGGCAGACAAACAUUUGUGAAGGCCUUGGAACCCUUUGUGAACUGGCUGGAAGAAGCAGAAGAGGAGGAAUAAGUUGGACCUUGUUCCCCUAGUUUUAUUAGUCUGUAUCCAUUCUUGAGAUGUAACUUGACAUAAGAUCUCAAGAUCCUUUGACAUUUGGUGUGAUGUGAACGAACCUUAUGGUGGAUUCUCCUGCAAUAAUCAGUUUCUCUAUAUUCUCGUGCGUAUGUUUCUUCUAUCUUUCUGCUUAUUCACUAUUGAAAUUGACUGAUCAAUUAGCAUAUUAUUUUGGAUUAAGGCCCCCAAGUUCAUCUCUCAACCCAAGAACUUUGUGAGUGUUUGCCCUAAGAGCGUGUCUGGUUCACCCGAACGUGGGAUAUUGGAUCAACGAGCUUCUUGCUUGUGCAACUCCAGCACCAUCCCUGGAGUUUCGCUCUGCUUGCUUGUUGAGGUGGUAAGGUGGAGGAACACUUGGUCACAUUUUCUUCAACAUCUCUUAACUAAAACUUAUGCCGCAUUAAUCAAAUCGUCUAAUAGUCUCUUGUUCAUCCUCAAUGUUAGCAACUAGCUUGUUUCUUUAGGAUUAUAAAUGCGGGGUUUUGAU